AUGUGCCUUCUUUGCCAUCAAACAUUGACCAAUGAGAUAAUGAAACCUUCACGCUUGAAGAAUCACUUUGAUGUAAAGCAUUCUGACAAGAAGGACAUGCCAUUAUCAUACUGUUUGCAACUGAGCUUCUCUUUCAAAAAGAAAAUACAAACAUUCAAAACUCUACUCCAGGAAACUAGUAAACAGGAGAAUGACAGGUUGAUUGUAUCAUACAACAUUGCAUUGCUUGUUGCUAAGUCUGGGAAUUCUCACACAAUUGGAGAAAUAUUACUUUGCCCAUUUAUCAAAGAAGUUUUGUCAACCAUUAUGCACAAAAAAACUGAUUGCAUUAUGAAGAAGAUCCCACUUGGUAAUAACAAGAUUUCUCGACGCAUCAAUUAA